UACGCAUUUGAAGCCAAAUCAACUAUGUUUAUGUGUGUAUAUAUGUAUAUAUAUGUAUAGGUACCAUUGGUGCAGAUGAUGUAAACCAGCAACAAGCCAGCGUCUUAAAAAACCAGAAAGCAGCAGAUAUAUAUAUUUUUUGGGAGGAGAAAGAAUGUACGUGACAAGGCCUAUGUCCAUGUACAAAAGGUCCCCAGAAGCUCUGUCAGAAACUCCCCCUGAUGGUCCAAACUCUGGUAUUCUAGUAAUCCUAGAUGAAGAAGCUCAGCCGACCUGUUGUUUUGGAUUGUGCAAGAGUGGACGACUCCGAGACCUGCCCUUCCCACAGAACAAAAACCUCAAAAUCCAAUAUACCCAAAGCGAUAGCCAGAACCAGACUAGUACUGAUGUUAACCGUGUUAUCUUAAUUCCUGCUCUGGAUCAACCAUUGUCUUCUAAUAGAUACUACGCAAUACAACCAAAGGGAAGCCAUCAAGGGGAAGCAUUCACAAACUCAAGAGAGGAGGACAUGAGUACCUGCUGUUUCUGCAACUGUAUUCGGGACUUAAAACCACAACCUUUCGACAAUCACAACAUGCAUCAGCAAUUCGAGAUUCGACGUCGAGACUGGGGCGGUUAUACGGCAAAAUCUGUAGCUCCUGAUGGUUUUCCUCCAUCAUUCUUGAGGAGAAAGGGUUGGACAGUGUAUGCCUCCACUCCAAAAGACUUUGAUUUAGCUGAAGCCAAAGGCCUUGACACAACUCUCCGCGCUCGCCUUCCCGACUUCAACAACUUCCCUUUAACGCAUAAAACUUCGCCAUCAGUAGUUGUAGGGAAGUGGUACUGUCCAUUUCUGUUUAUCAAAGAAGGAACACUCAAGGACCAGAUUAGCAGAUCAAGGUACUACGAGAUGACACUUGAACAGAGAUGGGAGCAGAUUUUCGCGUGCGAAAGUAGUCCGAAACAAGGCAAUCAAGUAUUUAUUGAUGUUAAUGUGCUGAAAGAAGUGGUUCGGUUGGGUGAUGGGAGGGAGACUGUGCAAGACAAAGGCGUUGAUGGAGAGACGUGGUUCCGCAGCCAGGCGGGGGAUGCAAGGGUGGGGUUGAGUUUGGCAAUUGUUGAUAGAAUGAAAUGGGAGGAAGAGAGAUUUGGUUGGAGCAGCAAUGGGAAUGAAAGGGAAGUGAGAGUGAAGAGAGUUGAGGAGUUUAAAGGUAAGGGAGAGUGGACCAAGUUUGGGUGCUAUGUGUUGGUGGAGAGGUUUGUGUUGAAGAGAAUGGAUAGGAGUUUGGUUCUCACAUAUGAUUUUAGGCACACUCAACAGAUUAGAGCCAAAUGGGAAUGAAAAUUCCAGCAGCAAUUCUUGCUUAAAAGUUGCAAGAAGAGCUCAUGGAGGAUGCUAAAUUAUGUGUUUUUAAGUUAGUCCUACAGCUGAGGGGUGGUGUUUUAUUUAUUUAUUAAGUGUUAUACUGUUUAUUGUAUUGUUUCUCAUGGUUGGUUACAUAAAUACCACUGGUUAUUGUUUGCAUAUU